AAACCAGAACCGUAUAUUAUCAUUUGCAGACACUUUGGCACCCUACUACCAUCCCAUUGACUAUAUCAUGCCUUAAUGUAUUCACGCCACUUGUGAACAUUUCACAAUAACAGCCACCGCCAUCUGAUGAUUAUACACGGUCAGCACUACACCGCACCAUCAAUGUCUUUUCAUCUGCUGAUAAAGGGGGACCGCAAAACUGUCAUUUAUAUUUCAUGUCACAUCCAACUUUGAUCACAUAUUUUCCUCUACAUUUUUCUAAUUUAUGUUAACUCUAUCGAUUACAAAUUCGUUUUUCACAAAUGUUUCAAGUUCAAUUUUUUGUACUAGAUUACCUAGGAGGAUUAAGUUGAAAAUCAUUAAUUUGCAUAAUUUACACUCUAUUGAGGAAAAAAAACUAUUGUAUAUUUAGUGGUUUAUUUUCUGUUUCGAUUAAUUAUUAAUUACUUCAAAACUAGAGCAAAAAGUGAUUAGCUGUGUGCGCACAAAACACAUUGGCGUCAAAGGGGAAAUCCGUUGCAAGUGGAAUAAAAAGUAGCUUGCAUAAUUAAAGGUUUUCAGCUUUACUUCCAUCUAUGUUUUAACUGCCUCGCCAUUUGAGCCAUCACUUUUCCCAAAUUUUGAAAAUUGAUGUCUGAAUGUUAUCUCAUCUUCAACAAAAGGAACUUUAUAAUCUUUUAUUCAAGCAAUCUAAUAGAGAUUUUUUGAUCCGAAAGAAAAGACCUCCCCUUCUAUUUUGUGACGCAAUAUUUGAGCUCCGUCUUCUUAGAUUGGUUUACACUUCUUUCAAAAAGCCCCCUUGCCAUUACUAUAAAAAAAACAUGAAAAACAUUAAACUUAUCGAAAAACUGAUUGAAAAAACGGUUAAAGAGUAAGGCUUUGAAAGCUCAUUCUCAGAUGAUAUAAAAAACAACCAUACCAUAAACUUCGACUCUUAAAAAAUCAGAUUGGAAAUUCCAGUUUAUCGACAGCUGAUUUCACAUCCGAUUCACUUUAAAAGAGAACUUCCAAAACAUGUUCGCUUUGAAUUCUCCUGGAGGUAGCAGUGACUCAUGUGGCGAAUACACACUUCCUGAAGACUUCCGGUUAUCACGCGAGGCUACUAAACUGCGGAUAAACACCAAAGGCAACCUCAACAAAACCAAAACUAAUCAUAAUAACAACAACAACAACAGCAGCAGCAACAACAAAAACAGUUACAACGAUAGCAAUUUUAAUACAAAUUCAACUGAUGCCGACGUUGACGAGAGACCAAAGGUGCCACCGUUGAGACUGUACCAAAAACAGGUGAAGCAAAACGCCACAGGUGAGUAUAAAAGGAAGAAGAAAAAGUCAGAAAAUCGGAAAGGAUCCCAGAAAACAAGUGAAAGCAACAACAGUCUACAAUCACUCGGUGCUAGUAACUACAGCGACUAUAACGACGAAAACACCCAGCGCCAAAAGAAAGUUUCAUUGCCGCUGCUGCAAAAUAACAUGGAUCGCUUCAAUUCUUCGAAUUUUUUAGAGGUCGACCAUCAAACCCGAAGACAACAGUCGUUUGGCAACAGCAGGGGUUGCUCCUCGUUGCCUCCCUUGAGCGACGAAAGGGGGUCCCUAAUACGCGCCCUAAGCAACCACAAAGGAGACGACUUCAGUCAAUCUGUGAACAUAUCCAAUCAUAGCUACUCGUGUAACAAGCUGCCACUAAUCAGAAAGAAGUCCUACUCCCUUCCAGACCUGCAACAACAUGUGAAAACUCAACAGAAUUCACGUGUGUCCUCGCAAGGUUCUGACUAUUUUGGUACCUCAACUCCUAGUGAAGAAACGGGCGCCAGUAGUGCGAGAAUAACAUUGCCUCGCUUAGGCUGAUAUAAGUUACAAAUGGUCUUCUUUUUAAUCCCAUAACUUUAAUUCACUUUACCUCAAAUGAACUCAGUUGACAUUAUUUACUUCAAUCAGCUGAAGUUGAACAGCUGUUUUGAUUAUAAGCAAUAAUGUGUAU